AUGGCAUCGUUUACACCCUACACGUACAUCCAAUGUCCCUGCCACGAUACCACCACCACCACCACCACCACCAGCCAGAGCCGCCCAGCCGAAGACGCGCCAUCCCCGACCUCGCCGCACUCCAGUGACGACGAUGACGACGACCACAACUUCGACCCGCGUGCUCCCCGCUCGAACUAUAGCCUGUACCCCCUCGAGUACCUGCUGUGGUGCGAUGUGUGCCACCAGAUCCGCUGCCCCCGCUGUGUCGCCGAGGAGCUUGUGACCAUCUACUGUCCGAACUGUCUGUUCGAGGUGGCGAGCAGCAGUCUCAAGACCGAAGGGAACAGAUGUACGCGCAGCUGUUUCCAAUGCCCGAUAUGCAUCGGGCCCCUAGCCGUCCAGUCCCUCGAAUCCGCACCCGAGCCCUCUCUCCUGUCGGCCGAUAACGCCAACACGGCGACGACGCCUGCGGGGCCUUGGAUCCUGAGCUGUUCAUACUGCAAUUGGAACUCGUCCGAGAUCGGCGUCAAGUUCGACAAGCCGCAGGGCAUCUUUGCCCAGCUCCAGAAGCUGCGGCAUGGCGAGGAUAGCCACUCCAAACACGCCGUCGGCGGUGAUACCUCCCCGACGAAAACGGACUCCGUAGCGGCAACAAUGAAAGCGAGGUUUUCGGCCAUGAGGUCGUUCUACAGCGCUCAGAAUGCCAUUGCCAACCCCAGCUCUGGCCUGGGCGACUACGGCUUCAGUUCUCCGGGGGCUCUCUCCCGCAUCAUGAGCAUAUACUCUGGCAACAAUGCGGGGAGCCACAAACAGAAGAGCAAGGGCACCAUGACGCGAGAGGCGGACUCGGCUAGUGAAGGGUUCCGGGCACUCGAUCUUGACGACAGCUCAGCUGUUUCGCAACUGCGGCGCGACGGUUGGGACAGCACCGUCAUAGGGGACCAGGCAAAGUCACAGGUCGAAGAGGGCGCCCGCUUCGCCGAGGAGCUGUGGCCGAUACCGUAUCUCCUACGGACGAAGCGGUCUAAGCGCUGUCCAGUCUGCCGGCACAUCAUCAGCAAGCCCGAGUCAAAGGUCGCCAAUACUCGAUUUAGGAUGCGGCUCGUGGCAAACACCACGAUCCCCUCCAUCUCCAUCAAGCCUUUUAAUCCGCCCCCGGCUCUGCUCAAGCCACUGCAGCCCGUGCAGUACCUGCUGACGUUCAGGAACCCGCUCUUCGACGAAGUUAAGGUGACGCUCGCAACGCCCGCCACGACGCCCGGCCGCUUCGCGUCCCGGGUGACAGUGCUGUGUCCGCAGUUCCAGAUGGACCCCAGCACGGAAUCGGGCAUGUACCUCGUCGACGACGCGUUGAAAGAUGACAAUAAGGACAUCCAAGGGCGGCGGCGGAGGGGCACCGAAGGUGGCACACACCAGGCCGAGGCAGGCAAGAUCUGGGAGCGUGGACACAACUGGGUCACUAUCGUCGUCGAGGUCGUGCCGGCGUCACUGAGUCUUGAGGCGCCCCCAGCCCUGCUACGAAAAGAGGGGGAACCUGAGCCGGAUCUGAGUCCUUUGAAGGAGGACGAGGACGUGUUGGAGAUACCCAUGUUUGUGCGGUUGGAGUGGGAGGGUGACGUAUCGCAUGAUCAGAUGAGCACGUCCACGGGCAAGGAAAAGGAUGCGAGGGAGAAGAAGGAACUGGCAUAUUGGUGUACCAUUGGCAUUGGCCGCAUCAGUCAGGAAUAA